AAUUUUGGUUCUUUCUUGUUGAUCCAUCUUGUUGUUUCGCCUCCUUGGCUUACUCUUCUCUUCUCCUCCUGCUGCCGCCCUCCAUCUUCAUCGAGCAAAUUUUAGCAAAGCUGCCCCUGGCGAACCAUCAGCUGUCCAGCCAAUAUUGCUCCCCCAACGCCUGACGGACACCACCCGGAAGGAUGCGUUACGACGACUGGGAUAUCAUCCUCUUCCCCGCUGGCCGCGACUCGAAAAUACCUUUCAAGGAGUUCAAAGUUGCAUGCCAUGUCGUGCCCGACCUUGAGCUGGCCCAUAUCCACGGCGCUGGGGCCCUGCCGGUCAUGACGUGCUUUGUGCCGAGUCUAGCGGCCGGUAAUCCGUUCCAGAUCUCGCUCCACUGCUGGCGCCAGCCAGACAUUAGCCAGUUCACGCGCGCGUACAGCAGGCACUCGAACCUGGUCAGAUUCGAAGCUCGGAUCCUAGUAGAUGGGCGCCUAGUUGCGUCAACCAUUCUAGACCGUGAUGUCAAUGGCCCGCAUCUGAUUACCAACACAUUCGAGUUCACGAAGACAGGCGAGCUGGAACGUCUGAAAUUUCCCCGGUUCCGUCAGGAACUCCUGGUCCAGAAUCAUUGGAAUCCUGGCGAUGACAUUGGACGUAUUAAGAUUAUUAUCAGUGAGGGAUUUCCGCGAGACUCUCUGUCGGCUCCGAUCGAGCGGGUCAAGAAUGUUGUUGCCUUUUCAUUUCAGCAUGCUCCUCUCGAGAUACUCGAGUCUAGUGGUAUUGCAUGGCCGAACCCAUCCAUGUGGCGCUCCGCGGCUUUCGCUCCGGUAAUGCCAGUACCGACGUAUCAUGCAGAGGACGGCGUUAGCUCUCACACACACUCCCCUGGCAGAAGGCCGUCGCUCUUGAGGAACACACCAGGCCUGGGGUUUCCACCUCCCGGACUUAUCAGCGGAAUACCCCAGGCCCAAGCAGGCGCUGGCUUUCUCGGCACCCAAGACUUGCAAAUGCCGCACCUUGGUCGUAGCAACAUAGGAUCCGGCAAUAAUACGCCGUCAUGUUCCGAUCCGUUCGGCGACUCUGGGUAUUUCGAGUGGGUUAAUUCGAUGACGAGCGGACAGUUGGGUGACUCUUGGGAUGGCAAGACCCUCUGGCCUGCGAACGCUCGGAACUCAAGCAAGCAGUCGUCCGACACCGUAAUGCCGGACUAUGUCCCUCGUGAGGGCUCAGAUCCUAUGGCUAUGCAUAUCUCUGGGCCCAGCUUGGAAGACGACCGUGGGAGCCUGAAGGUUCCGACCAACACGCCCACCGGAGGAGCUGCCCUUAGCAAGCAGAACACACAGUUUCAGAUGCCCCGGCAGGGAGCGUCCCUCCUUCCCGACUUCGCCUCGUGUCUCACGCAGUCGUUGCUCAACCAGCCCUUUGUGCUUCCGGCCCAACACCACGCUUUCCCUUUGCCACCGGCGGAGCCAAAGUCCCUCAAGGACAUUCAUGAUUCCACGCCUGGACACGCCGACGUCUCCGCAAUGCAGUCGGCAACUGACAUUAGCAACAGCGAAAGCUGCAAGGCUUCACAGCAAAUGUUCGGCCUUGAGGACCUCGACUCCACUACCCCUAUUCCCGCCUCUUCGGAGCUCUCAGGCAAGGAAGACUAUUCUUCACCCGCGCUGGAGAACCUCUUUCAAACCAGUUCGCGGAACCCCUCGGGUGGUGGUGACUUUGGCUCUGUCAUUACGAACUUUCCAGGCAGCAGCAGUGCCACGCCGUCGCUUCCCACACCAAGCAUGGCUGGGCAUGCGGAACUAAGCUCCGCCGGCCCUAAGACUGGUACUGCUGCGGCUACCAGCGCCGGCGGAAACAGCAACGGUGGUGGCAGCACCGUCGCCAGACGUACGAGAAACUUUACGCCCGCUUCCAUCAGGGCCAUCGACGAUGAGGACGAGCCACGCCGAGGAAGCCCCCUUGUACGGAUUGCUGGAUAUAGCGGGGCGGAUAUCCGCAGCAACGUUGGUCAGUAAUGAGUAAACAGGUGUCUACGAUGAAGCCGUUAUGUUCUGGGCGACAUUGGCCAUUCCACUCGCUUGAAAAUUGAGGCCUGAGGUUAUCGGAGCGUUAUGCAUUAUGCGUUGUGAAGGCGGGCUGCAGGAGUCAUUUGAGACCAUGGGUGAAGCAGGCCUCGUCUAUACUAAUAGGCCGAGCGCGCGUUUAGUUAGGUAUCGG